UGCUCUGCCUUUCCCCCUCUGUUGCUUUGAGGAUGUCUUCCUUUCUGGUGAUGGUCAGCAUAUUUCUGCUAGCUCAGCAUGCAGUGGCUAUUGACGAAUUAAGGGUCCACCCUUACACUGAUGUUACCUUGCCAUGUCAUUUCUCCUUCGUGAAAGGCACAGACAACCUUGAAUUUUCCUGGGAAAGAGAAGACAUCAAAGAGGAAUUUGAGGUGGAAGAUGAGAGGGAUUAUUUCCGUUUUUUCAGGUUCUAUGAUUUUUUUGAGGUAUUCUCAAAAGUGGUUUACCAGUUUAGAAACAACAUGGAACAACUGGAGGAGCAGAACUCCAUGUAUGAGAAAAGAGUUUCUGUGGAUCAGGCAGAAAUUUCUGAGGGAAACCUGUCCCUCUUAUUAAAAACUGUGAAUUUCCAGGAUCAAGCGAUUUACCAGUGCUUAGCCAUCACGCCAACUGGAAGGGGUGAAAGCAAAAUUAAGCUAAUUGUGGAAGAUUCUGAGGAGCCCCAGGUGCAAUUCAAGCAAAUCGAUGAUGAAACUGUGGCCACCUGCGUCUCCACAGGCUGGUACUACUUGCCAAAUGUGACUUGGCUGGACCGAGGAGAGAGGGAUUUGUCCAAUUACAGCACCGUGGAGAUCUUGGAAGAGCAGAUGAAUGGGGCAUAUAGGGUGUUUUCUGUCUUGAAAUACCCGGUCAAACUCAAUGAGAAAUACGUCUGUCGCAUAAUAGAGACGGAUGUGAACUUUCAACCAUACAGGACUAUCCGAAAGUUCCCCAGAAGAAAGUUUCAUCCAAUGUAUGAUUACUAUUAGCAACCUGAAGAAAGCUGACCGAAGACCCCAAGGCCACCCUGCUGACAGCCAACCUGGGUUCCUUUUUCAGAAGCAACAUCCUUUUCCCUACUGACAUGGCUCUCCAGUCUUCUGCUCCUCCUCUUCAAUUACUUCCCCAUGCUUAAGACAGCUCUGCUUCAGUCUCCUGAUCAGUUACUAUCUACUCCAGUUAUUUUUGAAGAGGGACCUUACCUAUACUUCACAUCACUCCCAGGACUUCUUCUCAGCAGCCAUCUUACAGCCUUCUGUCACUCCCUGCCUCCACAUUACAGCUCCCCUCUAUAUAUUGUCUUCCCCAGUUAGAAUGCAAGCUUCCGAAGGGCAGAGACUGUCUUGCUUACUUGUAUUUGCAUC